AGAGAGAGUCGUUUCUGGCAGUAGAAUCCUGAGCCACUCGAUAAAACUCCUGCUUCUGGCAGCCUGCGUCCGAGGGAGAGCGAGGAAGGGAAGGGGAGAUAGAGAGUAUGCAGAGAGAGAGAGAGAGACAGUGAGAGAGAGAGAGAGAGAGAGAGAGAGAGAGUGAGCGAGAGGACGAGUGUGUGUGCGUGAGCGUGUGUGUGUAUGUGUGUGUGUAUGAGCAUCCACAGGGUUCUCUCGCGGAGGCAGAGGCAGAGGCUGCAUCUCUUUCUCAGACACAGGCUGUCGUCACGGGCGACGGGAGGUGUCUCUUGCACGGCGUCGCCGUAGCGACAGGAGGCGGCAGCAUCAGCACCAGCAGAAACAGCCAGCCGUGCUGUCGCUGCAGCAACGCAGAGCUUCCUCGAAAGGCUGAAGAGGGAGAGAGAGAGAGAGAGAGAGAGAGAGAGAGAGAGAGAGAGAGAGAGAGAGAGAGAUCCAAGAGGUUCGCUCCCUUGCUUUCCACUCUUCCUCUUUUUUUCCUCUUUCUCCUCUUUCUCAUUUCCUGGCAGCUUCAUCCUCCUGUCCACUGAGGGACGGCACUUGAUGAACCCAGCAGGGACUGGUCUGGGGUGGAGUGGACAGUGAGUAGCCAAAAGGCUGAGGGGUAGGUGCCAUGUGAGAAGCCCCGGUGUAGCCUGUGGCAGCCGGCAGCAACAGCAACAGCAGCAGUAGAAAGUGUGGGCUCUCCUGUCAUUCUCCCCGCAGGAACGGGCAUGGAAUUUACCUCCUCUGGCCACUUCUGAAAAGGAAAGUCGCACCUCCCUAGCAUUUCUGGCUGGGGAAUGAUAUCCUAGCAGACCGGAUUUUGUACGCUUUCAAAGGAAAUUGAAUUUGAAGUCGGUCUCUGGGCAACCGUUUACUGUAUUUUUUCCAAAGAAUCUGGAGAGCCGCGGUUCCAUUGCCAUGAGGAGAGGCACAACGGGAGGUUUUGGAUCAAGGACGUGCCAGUCACCCUGAAGAGCAGAGUGGGACUACACUUUACGCUUGUGCAAAAAAGUCUUCAUCACGCUCUUCCUCAGAGAACUUAUAUCGUUAACACACAUUCAAAGAACUGGAGAACUGGAGAUGUGUGCAGGGCACUUGGAAUAUCUCGUCUUCUUGGAAUCAGUUGCCUUUUUCCACCAAUUGUCCCAAAAGAUAGAUUAACAAAGCUGGAUUUUGUCCAUUCUGUCCAUUUCAAAGCAAAAUCUUUUCAGGAGAAUAGAGCCUGUCCUUCUUUGGUCUGGAUUUUGUGUGGGUGUUCAAAGCGUACCACCACAUGCGAUGACAAUCGUAGUGCCUCUUCCUUUUCAGUAGUCUCCUACAGCUGAAUAUGAUCUUCUGGUGCACCUACACAUGCAAUAGGCGAAAAGUAUUACACAGUCCACAGCAAGUAAUUUUAGCUCAGAUGUACCCCUAAAGGCACAAAGUCACAAAGACAUCAUGUAAUGACCCUCGAGACAUGUACCGGUCCAUUACCCUUGAUUAUUCUUAGUUUCUCCGUUCCUGGAUCCACCACCUUUUUUGGUUUUCUUGGAUUUAAGCUCUUCGAUGAUUCCCACACCUUCCCUUGCGCUCACUUCUUAUUCCAGACGUCCCACAGUGACCUGCGGGAGGAGGCUUGCUCCCAGGCCCCACCAGCUCUCCUGGCUGCCCGGGUGUUUUUAAGAUGUUGAAGCCUGCCCGAGCGGCCCGAGCCCGAGAUCGGAUCAGUAGCACUGCGGCUCCCCCCGGUGGCCCCAGACAUGGACCGCGGCUCGGCCUGUCCCCGCCCUCAGCCCUCCGCUCGCUGGCCCCUGCUCAGCCUGUGAAGGAUGUCCAAGAGCGGAGCUCCUGCCCGGGAACCCUCUGAGACCCCCAGCCAGAGAGAGCGUAUCCGCAGCCACAUGAAGAUGGUGAUCGAGCAGCUGGAAGGCAUUCUCAAAGAGCUAAAAGAUGUGGCCAAAGAGCUGCGGGAGGUGGUGGGUCAGAUUGACAAGCUCACAUCAGACUUUGACUUCGACCUGGAGCCAGAUGACUGGACGGUGGCAACGGCAAGCAGCACAUCCAGCAGUGAGCGCGGCCUUGGUGAAGCAUUCCGACUCGAUUUUCUCAGUCAGGAUGUGUUGUCAGAUAGUUGGGACUUCUGCAGUUACCUGGAGGCCUCUAGCGCAACUGGGCAGAAAGCACCCAGGGACGAGGAAUUGGAGGAAGAUACGGGGAGGUCAGCCUCAACCACACCCACUCCGGCCACAGCAAGCGUUUACUCCCAGAUGAAUGGGGGUUUACCUAUCCCGAACGGACCUUUGAUCGUCACCCCAGAUUCAUCAAGUGAAGAGGCCUCCAGCUCCACUCACAGCCAGAAAACAUCCCGAACCUCCGGGACCAGAGAACGGGUGCGUUUCAGCGACAAAAUCCUCUACCACGCCCUGUGCUGUGAUGAUGAUGAAGACGAAGCAGAGGAGAGGGUGGAUGAGGAUGAUAAAGUGGACUGUGGCACACCGGACACGGACAGUGAACCAAGCCCACUGGCCUGCUCACCCGUCCCUCCACUCUCUUCCUCUGAACACUCACAGACUCUUCACAAUUUCCGGGAAACUUCUUCCGCGGGACCCUCGCCCGUCAAGAUGGCAGUGCUUGGACCCCACACAUUGCCGCGCAAGGGCCUCCUUAACCCUGGCUGCAGGAAAAAACUGCUCCGCAAUAGUAGUACGCAGACGGUGUCAGAUAAGAGCACUCAGACAGUACUGCCCUAUGUCCCCAGCAAACAGAAAACCAAGGACCACUGAGGGGAUACUCAAACCUAACUACAAGAAAACAGAAAAGAAAAAGAAAACAGAGAAUAUUAAGAUGACUGUCUACUAUUUAAUAUUAAAUACAUAGAUACUAGAUUACAACACAAAUUAAUAAAUGAAUUACUAAAUAAAUAAAUUAUAUAUGGGAAAAUAUAAUUUGUCAGAUUUCCUAACGUCAUUUUACAGCUCAGGGAUUAAAUGCAAGAGAACUAUAUCUCCAAGUUGUGAGAGGUGUGGCAAAAUUGCAAGUUUUUUUUUGUGCAAAUCUAAAUGAGAGCACUAAGAUGUGGUUUAAGAUUUAAUUGAUUCAACAUUUUCAUUUAAUGACAUUCAUAUGUAAAGUUCCAUUACUGCUAUGCCUGCUAUGCGUAUGUCUAGAUUGGAGUUCUGCUUAUAGUGCAUAACUCACUACAGUCCCCAUUCUUCAGUAUUCCAGUGUUUAUACCUGUAGCCUAAUGCAGUCUGUAUUCCACACAUAUUACAUCCUUCGCAAAAUGACCAAAAGAAAACAUACCAUCAUAAGAGUGCAUAUACACAACAGCGAAAGGUAAAAAAGUGAGCUAUAUUGACUGUUUUACUUGCUCUUGAUUUUUAUAAACCAUUCCAGCGAUGCAUCCCUUCAUCUGGUGCUUCAUCUUGGGCAGAGGGAGGGGGGAUGGUGGCUAGAUUGAAAAAAGAAAGAAAGGGGAAAAAAAAGCAUAAUUUCGGGUGCCUGCUCUCCACUUUGACAUUUACUGCCCCCACACCCCCCACCCCCCCUCUCUGUGGAGUAGGGCAAGGUUGUUGGGGGUUACAACUCGAAUCUUGGAGCACAAAGCCGAGAUGCAAAAGGUUAUGUCUCUCCAUUCUCAGGCCCAGUGGGGACUCGUGGACUGAAUAGUGCUGUGUUUUAUUCACAGGGAUGAUGCCAAUAGCGCUUGAUCAAUACUGCUGGUUCAUGGCCCAGCGAGGGGGCUUCCGCUCUGUUCACUCGACCCCCUGCUCAGAGGCCCUUUAACAAAACCCACCUUGUGCUUGGUAUUUAAUCUAUGGGGUAGAAAAGAUGGAGAAAAAAAUAAAGAUCCUGACCUGAGGUUGGGGAGGUAGGGAGUGAGGAAAAAAAAGUAAAAAAGAAAAGAAAGAAGGAGAAUGGAGUGUAAAUGAAGGGCAAAGUAGUCCAGUAAAAGGAGCAUAUGAAGACAGAUUGGUCUUAAUUACCCAUCCUUGAACGUGAUUAUUUACUUCCCAAUCACCUCCUGGUGAAUCAUAUCCCAGGGGCAGGAGCAAGGCUACUGCAGUAGAUUCUGCACCAUGAUCUACACCCAUCAAAUUUUAAGGCAUUUUCAGGCAGUAUCAGCCUCAGUAGAGGCAUUUGCUGAGAGGUAGGUUUCAGCAGAGAUGGAGACUCAAAAAAGUCAAUAGAAUUUGGAUGUUUUCCCAUCAAGUCAUGGCAAAAUAUUAGAUUAGUUAUUAUUGCUAUACUAUGAAUUUAUAAUAUUGUAAUUGCAUAUUUAAUUUUGCAAAAUGACUAUAUUUCACACCACAAAAACUUAAAAUUUUAAAAGACAAUAAAAUGUCUAUGCUACUACUCAAAACCAAAUGUGAUACGAAUUGAAAGACUGAAAUUAUAUUAAAUACACUUGUUUCAAAGAAGUUCAGGGAAAAAAUCAUAUAGAAUUACACUACUUGUGAUAACUGUGACUUCUAAGGGUUUGAUAGUAUAUGUGAACAGCUUAUUGUGGCUUUCCAAUGAAAUCCACGCAGCUUGUAUUUUUUAACAUGUACAGUCUAAAAGUUGGAGGACAAUGGUCAAAUCACUUGUUUUGUAAGGGAAAGUAAGUUAACACACUCUCCCAUUUUAAUGCUCAUUUACUGAUUAUUUGCUGAACUUAACAUACCAGGAAAAAAUAAAAUGCAUCCUGUGCAAA